AUGCCAAAAUCAAAAUCUGAAGUAGCAAAAAAAGUUUCUGCGAAAGUUUUUGCAGAAAACCCUGUGAAGGUUCCUGCAAAAGUCUCUGCAAAAGUCUCUGCAAAAGUCCCUGCAAAAGUUCUUGCAAAAGCCUUUGUAAAUGUCCUUGCAAACAUCUCUGCGAACAUUCCUGUGAAUGUUUCUGCAAAAGUCAUUACAAAUAUCUCUGCGAACGUUCUCGUGAAAGUGCUUGCAAAAGUCUUUGCAAACGUCUCUGCAAAUGUCCUCUCAAAUGUCUCUCCAAACAUCACCACAAAG